AUGACCUUUCCGGGAAACAUGAUCAACUCUGCCGCGAACUCCGUCAGAUCAACCACAGAGAACCGAUUCCGGCGUCAGCGCCGGCAGGGUUUCCCAGCCCUUGGGAUUUCCGUGCUCGAGUGUGCAACGGAUGCGGAGCAUGGCGCGGACCUCCAGGACAUCAAGUUUCGUGGAUUGGAUGCCGACCGCAGGAGGAGCGAGUUAGACCUGCAGUCUGCCACCAUGAAGGGACGCACCAAGGAGCAGGCGCAGAUCUUGGCAAUAGCCCAUGGGCUGCAAGAAGGCAUCGAAGAUCUCCUCGCCGGUCGCAUCUUCCGACCUGGUGAAAGUGACGAGGUGGUUGCGGAUUCCAGCAGUGCCGAUUCGGAUUCCAGCAGCAGCCCACCGCCAACAUCGCCGAAGGACGUCAAGGUCCAGGAGGCCGAGAAACCGGAGGUGCCACAGGAGGGUGCAGACCCAGUCAAGUUCAAGAAAAAGUUGGCUGGAAUGCCUGGUUGGAUGAAGGGCGAGGUGUCUGAAGACGAGGACUCGCACAGCGAAGCUUCAGGAUCUGCCCCAGAAGACCCAAGCGACGACGACAGUGUGGACGGCUUCCUGAAUAUAAACUACCACGACAUUGAUGAUAUCGUGCAAGAGACGGACCACAGCAAAAUCGAGCAGCAAGUCAAUGCGGGCAGAGCCGCGACCAACCGAAUUAUGUACGAGUGGAAGGAGUUCGCCCGGGUGAAACUCACCGAGCAGCUGAAUAACUGGUUUCAGCAAAGGAUGCAACAGGGAGAGCGUGAUGUUGCAGAGCUGGACAGCACCGAAGCAGAAUCCUUGGAGACCAUGGCUGCCCAGUCCGAAGGGGUCAAGGGGGUGAAGAGUGGCAUCGAGCAGAAGGACAUGGCGCUCUUCUCCACGAUAAGCUGCUUCCAGCAGAAGUUUGGGCAACGCCUGGACGAGCAUUGGGAAUCGAAGAGGAAGAGCGCAGAAGAACUGCUAGCCAGAGUCCAGCAGGAAGAGGAAGAGAAGCAACAGGAGAGGCUCAGGCGCCAGGCGGAAAGAGCUGCCAAGAAGUUUCAUGACAUUGAUGACCAGAUUGCCGACCUCAGGGACAACGUCGAGCAGAUCAAAGGGGAGAUUCAGAGGAUGGAGCUGAUGAAACAAACGAUGCCUGCAAAGACCCGGCGCAACUCAACCGGGAACAAGGCGGCAGAGGUGCUCUCGAUCAUUUCAUCUCAGCAGGAGGAGGCACAAGUUCUGUCCGGGAAGCUUGCCCUGGGCAGCCAAAGGCUGGAGUCCCUGGAAGAUGCGGUGGAAAAGGCCAAGGUGUUCUUCAUGAGUGCAGCCUUCAAGAGCAAGAAGAUUCGGAUCCCGCCAGCUGAUGAUCCUGCAUACCUUCUGGUCAGCGAGGCGGUGGUGAGCCAGAUGCAGGCCGUUCUGGCACAGCUGAUGCUGGAAGACGAGGCUCUCGCUGAGAGCGUCUCCUUGGCCUACAGCACCUUCAACCGUCCCGGUGGCAAGAAGAAGGUCAGGAAUGGUAUGCUGAAGUUGGAGGACACGCGCAAGGACGGGGACCAAAAGCUUUCCGGCUCGGAAAGCUUCCAGCAAGUCGAGGAGAUUGUUGUCAGCAACGACCCGGAGCAGAGACGGCUGAAGUUCAAGGAAAUCGAGACGGAGAGCACUUCCCUGCGGGAGGAGAUUGCAAUUCUACAGAGCACGCUGGAGCAGCCCAUUCUGCCGACGAGAACCCAGGCAGAGCAGGAACCACUGGCAAGCGAAGAGCAGACGGAUGAAGGUCAAGCACAGGAUGAGGGUGGAGAGGACAAAGAGCUAGAAGAUGCGAAGCCAAGCCUUGAGGAGGCGUACCGGCGACUCCUGUCCACGGCUGAAGACACAGUCGAGAUCAUCAAGCAGAAGAAGGGCAUCUUGACAAGCGAAAGAACCAAAAGCAAGUCGAUGCGUUCUAUGGACUUUGCAAGCGGAGGCGAGGUGGCCACGCCGGCAUCUGGAUCCGAGGCACGCAACAACCCUCAACUGGACGAGCAGCUAAAGGCGCAACAGACCAAAGCGGCCCGUUUGUCCGAGGAGGAGAAAGCCAUCAAAAUGCAACUGAAGCGCUUGAGAGCUGCCACGGCGCAGGACAGGAGCAGAGCGCAGGCCAAGAGCUCCAAGGUCGCAGCGAGUGGCACCACGGGGCCGGCAGGAGAAGAAGCGAAGGCACCUGAUGGAAUGUCACCUUCCCACAAGGACUCGGCACAGGCCCACGAGAAGCAUGCAGUCUUUGUGGAGCCAACAGUUCAUGGUUACAGUGGGACAUAG